UGUUGACGAGGACGAUUCGAAUGAUCCUCAGUUGGCCUGGGAAAUGCCAUCCGUUCCCCCGUUCGCAAACCUGAGACACCUACAUCUUAAUGGACCGCUCAUGGGGGUGAGGAACCUUGUCAACGUGAUCGUUGCCCCCGAACUCGAGGAUGUGGAGCUAGUAUGUCAGGGCAACCUAGACGACGACAUCGACCUAGGUGUCGACAUACCAGAAGGGAACUCGGAUGUGCUCUACGUGAUGUUCAACCUAUUCAGUCGCCGCAAUGCGCUGUCUCUACGAAGGUUCCACUUUACCCACACGGACGCGGACGUGCCCCUCCUUCCAGACCCAGCGGCAACUGCUACGCAAGCGACUGGCCCAGGGAGCCCAUUGCUCGAGCUUCGUGCACUGCAAGAUGUCAUGAUAUUACAGGCCCUCAGGGAUGUCAAGUACUACGCGGAACCAAACAUCCUUGGCUGGGUAAAUGCAUGGCCCAGGCUACGAACGCUCGCCUUGUCUGCACUAGUGGUCUUUCCUGAGACGCUGCAGUACAUCGCGCGCACGUGCCCCCAGGUUGAAAGCCUCACGGUGUGGAAGUUGUCAACGAAAUUUGUCGAAAGCCUCUCCCGGUUGGAGGCCUCCUCUGCUUUUGGCCCCAUUGGGGAGCCUAGUGGAGGAAGACCUGCACUUCGGGCGUUUUGCGUGCACGAUUACUUCAUGCCCUCCUCCUCCAUCGAAAUCGGCAGGGUCGCCUGCUUCUUCGAUUCACUUUUUCACCAGCUCGACGCUGAACGCUUUUGGGUCCCGUGCCUGUGUCACUGGCCCCGCCCGCGGGGACCGUCGCCCUUCCAUGGUGUAAGGCAGAAAUUGAAGGAAUUGCAACUCGACGACGAAAUGUAUCCUUUUUUGUAGACUGACCAAUUCGGAGUCUUCUGCUACCUCUCCCGCUCUGCACGGGUCAAACUAGUAGUACUCCGUCUUAUGUUAUGUUCCAAUAGAUCGUGGUGUCGUGGUGAUAUCUGCUCGAAUUGUUAUUACUUUCCUUUACUGUCUCAACGGAUGAGAUAGUUCAGUGGUAACGGCCGGAGGUGUGUCGCCGCGUCGAGAAUAGCUCAAAUCACUAGACAGACGCGUACGCACCACGCCCGGACGCAGGCAGGGAUCUACUUAUCUGCAUCCCGAAGGCUGCUCGUCGUUCACCGGCUCAGAUGGUCUC